AUGGAGAACGCACGUUGUAACAUAGAGUUAAAUAAUAACAGAUUUGUACAGGCCAAAGAAUGGAAAGACCAAAUCAGAAUUAAUGUGCGAGAAUGGGAGCUGAAAGACGGAAAAAACUUGGAUUACAACCAUAUCACAGCCAUAGAAGAGUAUGCCUUCUCUGGAUUAAACAACCUGGCUGAGUUAUACUUGAGCGGAAAUGGACUGACAUUCAUAGCAAAUACUAGCUUCCUUGAUCUGCAUUCGCUUCAAAUACUUGACUUGAGUUACAACAAAUUAAGUUCUCUACCUCCAGGACUGUUUGAUACUUUGGAAUCUUUGGUUGAACUAAAUUUAGAAAACAACUUGUUGUCAAGUAUACCUGAAUACGCUUUGACACAUCUACAGAGUAUUCAGACAUUAACCUUAAGUCACCAAGCUAUAACAACUAUCCACACAAAUGCAUUCAGGGGACUUCGAAAUCUAAAAAACAUUGAUUUGUCUUUUAACAAGAUAACUAGCAUUCAGCAAAGGUUGUUUGAAGACCAACAGCGCCUUCAAAUACUGAAUUUAGGAACCAACUCAAUAGCUGAAAUUAAAGAUUUUGCUUUUUCGAAUUUGUCAUCUCUUAAUAGCCUAGACAUACGAGUUAACAAGAUCACACAAAUAACACAAUAUAUGUUUUAUGGUUUAGAAAAUUUACGUCAGUUGGAGAUGCGUUUCAAUCAAAUAUCAGACAUUCAUGCAGAAGGAUUUUUCAGUUUAUCUUAUCUUCAAAGAAUGUAA